GUUAUUGAUUUGCCUGUGCUGGCCGGAGGAGCUGUCGUGCGGACAUUGGAAAAACGGGAAAAGUCUUUUUUUCGACCAAAUCUAGCUAAAAUGAUUUAGCACUAGCUGCAGUUAAAGGUGGCUAUUGUGUGAAAACGGCAUCACAGCCAGUAGGGUGUGUGUACGGGCGUGAGCAAUACUUUCUCGAUCAGUUACGUUCAGCAGGUAUUUUUCGGUGUCACGGGCGGAUACGAACCGAAGAUAAUUGCCCUUCCUCCGACGGUCGCGACCCUAGCCAAUCGUUAUCAUCUAGUCACAGUCAAGAAAUGGAGGAAAAUCACGAGUGAAUUAGGAUUCUGUCAGAGUAAUUUAUUAUGUGACGGAUUCCUCUUGAAUCAUCAGUAGAGAGGAGAAUCGGGCAGUAGUGGACUAGUGCUAGAAUCGCCUCUCGCUUGUUCGUUCCGAGCCGAUAAGAGAUUGGAUUUCAGUCUAUUAGAUUUUGCUGGCUAUCAAAACGUGCAACUAGCGCUCCGCAAUCUUUGGAGGAGGUAGCAAAGAAGCAGAAGAAAGAAAAAUAGUGCAAGCAGCUAUCUGUGCAUUCGACACAACUCAUUCGUGAGGGAUUAGUGUCUAGGCGCUGCCACUACCCCGGAAAGGGGAGCUACAUGUUCGAUCGAAGUGAUUGGAAUGCUCAAGAAUCAGCCGAAGAGGCACGGGCCGUAGCGCAGAAAAUAAUCUCAUGAAAAAAAGAGCUGAUAGCUUAGUUUUGCGUGGUGAGAAGAAAGUGUGAAAGAAAGCAAGCACUAGCAAGAAAAAAGUUGUUUUGGCUCCGCUACAACAGAAAGAAGAAAAAAAAACUUGCCGUGGUAGAGUGCAUUUGGCAACGGAGGCCAAGUUUGAGAAACGAGAAUCAGAACGUUACCGUCUAGUGAGCACUGCCGGAAUCGCAGGAAAGGUUAGUGGAGUGGAGGAGGAUUUCCAUCGUUGCUGCGCGGAAAGAUGGCCUCCGGUGACACGGCGGCGAUCGACACGAUUGACGUGGAAUCGGCUCUGUCUACCAAAAACUCCGAGUUCACAACGAGCAGCAGCAACUACAACCGGGAUCAGCUGCUAGAACCGGAUGAAUAUGGAAAAUUCAUCAGAGAUACUCCAGGAAAACAAAUUCUGGCCGAUGGGAUGUCAGCAGAGCAGGCACUGGCCGGACGGCUCCACCGGCCAAAGUCGGACAAGGAGCGCAAGAUCGGUCACCGGCGGGUGGGCGAGGGUGGCGAGAUUACCUACAAGAAAAUUCAAACCACCCAGAUUAUGGGUUCGAUUCAGCUCGGCAUCCAGCAUACGGUGGGCAGUCUUGCGUCGAAACCCCGGCGGGACCUGCUGAUGAUGGACUUUUGGGAGCUGGAGACGAUAUCGUUCCCACCGGAGGGCUCCAGCAUGACCCCGGCGCACCACUUUAGCGAGUUCAAGUUCAAAAUCUAUGCUCCAAUAGCGUUUAGGUACUUUCGGGAUCUGUUCGGUAUCCAGCCGGAUGAUUUCAUGAUGUCAAUGUGUUCAGCUCCACUGCGAGAGCUCUCGAAUCCAGGUGCGUCCGGUUCGAUCUUCUAUCUAACCGAUGACGACGAGUUCAUCAUCAAGACUGUGAUGCAUAAGGAGGGCGAGUUUCUGCAGAAACUGUUACCAGGAUAUUAUAUGAAUCUAAAUCAAAACCCCCGCACGCUAUUGCCCAAAUUUUUUGGGCUCUACUGUUACCAGUGCAAUAGUAAAAACGUCCGGCUGGUGGCGAUGAACAACCUGCUGCCAUCGUACGUUAAGAUGCAUUUAAAGUAUGACUUGAAGGGAUCGACGUAUAAACGAAAGGCCAACAAAGUGGAACGAUCCAAAUCUUCCCCCACGUACAAGGAUCUGGACUUUAUGGAGCACCAUCCGAACGGAAUCUUCCUGGAAGCGGACACCUGCAACGCUCUGAUCAAAACCAUCCAGCGGGACUGCCGGGUGCUGGAAUCGUUCAAAAUUAUGGACUACUCACUGCUGGUCGGGGUCCACAAUCUCGAUCAGGCUCUGAAGGAGAAACAGGAAGCAGCGGCCAAAGCGAGAUCCGACGGUGAAUCGGACUACGAGGAUGCACCGGAGGCGGACCAGUACAUGGUGCAGGAGCGGGAAGAGCAACGGACGUCGGCCCUCAACAGGAGCAGGAACAGUACCUAUGGAAAAAUGCUCAUUAGGUCCAUCAACCGACAGCGGCUUGUUGCGCAUUCGACUGCAAUGGAAAGUAUUCAGGCCGAAAGUGAACCGAUUGACGAGGAGGACGAUGUACCACCGGGUGGUAUACCCGCACGCAGUGAAAAGGGAGAACGGCUCCUGCUGUUCAUCGGUAUUAUCGAUAUUUUGCAAUCCUAUAGGUUAAGGAAAAAGCUGGAACACACGUGGAAGAGUAUUAUACAUGAUGGUGAUACCGUAUCGGUACACCGGCCCUCGUUCUAUGCACAACGCUUUCAGGACUUUAUGGCGAAGACGGUCUUCAAAAAAAUUCCAUCCCUGGAUCUUCCCGAGAUCAAAGGCAAUCAUAGAAAAUUUCGCACGUUGGUCACCAGCUAUAUAGCGCUAAAACAUUCGCCGUCUAAGAGAAAAAGCCUCUCGAAAGCAGCACAGAGAGCCAAAAAUGAAGAAACUGAUAGCCAGCGUAAGUCUGUAGCAGGCAGUUCCCACCAGCAUCACCACCACCAACAACAGCAACAGCAGCAGCAGCAGUCUCAGUUCCAUCCGACGCAGACACAUUUCAACCAGCAUACGACCGGAACGCCAAAGUCAGAUCUGGAUGCCACGUCCAGUGUACAGACCACCAUUUCGUUGACUACUAGCUCCGGCAGUAACGGUACAGCUGCAAACGUGGCAGCAGCACAGGUCAGUUCCAGCGGUGGCCUUGCCAAAGGAACAUCGCGAACGGGUGCUGCUUCCGGUGCUGCUGGUGCGAACAGUUCUACAACUCCUACAAUGCCACCGUUGAAGAAGAAAACUUCCAUCGUGAAAGCGAGUGUACCGCCACCGGUGCCACCGCGAGGAUCGCCCAAAAUGAGCAAAGCUGGCAAGAAAGGCGCUGGCGGUGGUGGAACGGGCGGUCCCGGUGCGACAGGUUCCCUGCCCAGUCAAUCCGGCAGUAGCCACUGGGGACGAUCCAGCGCAGGCACAUCUCCUUCCUGUUCUUCCACCCCUCCUCCUGCUUUCGACGACAUCUCCGAGCACGGUAGCAGUAGUCAUCGGCACUCGUCCGACGACAAAACGGGCAGCAGCAGCGGUAUCGGAAGUGGCAGCGGCAGCGGGGGCGGCGUUGGCAGUCGAGGCGGAGGGUCGUCCGGUGCCGGUGGUGACGGUGGCGGAGGAACGGUAGAUCGGAGGAGCACAUCCUGUCGAAGUGAUAACUAUAAGGAAGACUCGAUUAGUAUAUCAGAAAUAAGAUUAGAAAGUCAUUUAGCAGUCGAAUCGUCAUCCAAUAGCAAUUACGGAUCUAGAGGUGCACUAGCGUGGACACCGCCGGCGUCGGUCGAAGGCUCUACCCCCACCUGGACCGAGGGGACACCCAGUUUUACGGAAUCGAGCUCUAGCGGUGAUAUAGGAACCUUCUCAGGCCAGUCAUCUCCACUGCAUGCCACCCUCUCGGACCGGGACCGUCACAAGCCAACGGUCGAGAAGGCCCUGAACUCGCUCACGUCCGAAAUGGUAAGCUUUUCCAAAUCACACUACUCCUCUUCCACGUCGUCUGUGGCGUCUGCCUCGGUCAAUAUGAAAAAGCUGCACAAGCAGGUGAUUUACGUGAAAAAUAGUAGCUGCUCCAGCAUUGAGCAAAGUGGCACCAGCGGAGGGUCCGGAAGGGUCACCGCCAGCAGCUGUGCCGGUGGUUCCGCAUCCUUGAUGUCCGUGGUCACCACCAGCACCGGUGCUCGGCUGGAGACCUCCGACGCUCCUCCGCUCGAAUCGGCUGCCUCGGUUACGACCAUCGGAACGACCGAUGCGUCCACGACAUCGUCAUCACCGGUGACGGUUUCCGUGGACAACGGACUCGGCGGGCUGACCGAUGGCAGCUCCGGUUCGCUGGCCGACCUUGAACGCAAUGUGCUGAGAAUAAAUGAGUGAGAGCUGUGCAUGUUAAGCUCGUUAGGAAAAGAAUCAAUCAGAUCAGAGAAUCAAGAGAAUCGCAUUGUGAUUUAGUGUAUGUAUUUAUGCUCUUUAUUUAUUGUACUCUUGUUUACGUAAAUUAUUUUUUUUACUAAUUUUACAAGUAUGGAAUUGUAGCCUAUAAAAUUUACUUGAAAGCAUCCUUGCUGUUUAGUUGGGAAUCUCGAACAUUCGAAAGCGUUCAAAGUUAGAUCCUAUUUGUGAAUAUUGUUAUCAACAUAAGCGUAAUUUAAUGCGAUAAAGAACAAACUAAUGAUAAUCACAUCACAUUACUGUAAAUAUAAUGCAUCUACGCUGUGUGAAAUCAAACGUCAACCAUAGUACAGAUUUUCCUGUACAGCUGGGAUUCAUUGUCGUUGUAUGUUACCCAACUUUCGAACAAAUUGUAAUCAAAAGGGAUUAGCGGACAUUUCGCGUGUCGAACAAAUGUUUCAACGGAGGGAUUUGACUUAGGAAAGUAAAUUAAAGCUCACAUCGGCUCCAGCAAUGUUAUAUAGUUGUAUUUUCUUUUCAUUUUAUGACAUAUUAGCUUAUUCAUGAUAUCAUUUAAGUACUCUUAUUUUCAAUUAUACAACUAUAAUGUAAUAAAAAUACACACUCUUGUAUUAUUGUAAGUAGGAAAGAAAGUCAGCAUCAGUUUUAUGGAUUCCAAGAUCUAAUUCAUUCCCAUGGGCUCUGACUGUCGUAGUCGGUGUGAUUGUUAGUUUUAGAGGAUAAGAUUAGUUCUUGUUAAAUGCAAAUGUAAAGUUUUAUUUAGAGGCCAAACCGUGAUUGAACUGAUGAACUCGACGUUAUUAUUUAUAGAAAUCUGAGAUUAAAAUCUUUUAAGAAUGAAAAAAUCAAAUGAACAGGGCUAAGCUCGUCUUGUUCUCAACUGAGUCGGAGUUUAUAGUACGGAUAUCCACGACUUGCUCAUUCUAGAGUUGUCUUUUGGACACCAUUAAUUGUUUCUAUCAAAAUACAGUUAAAUAAGCUAUUUAGUAUACCAAUGCUAAUGUUAUACCAUUUAAAAUAAAAUUAAACACCUCCUAUGAAAACGUGUUGCUGGAACAAUGUUUUUGACAUGGUUCUGUAGGUUUAUUGCUGUUCAUUACAUGGUUUAACUAUGGGCCUGCGGCUGCGUAGGUUUGUUUCACCCUUGUUGCAGUUUACCAAGUUCCGUGCCGUUUCCUUUCUGCUAGUUUGGCUCAUCUCGGCCUUUACACUUUUAUAGGCUAACAACAAGCCCACACAAACGACCGACGAUACCGCCAGCACGGAACUAGAGCUGGUCGAGCGCACCGUAGGAUGUGUUUCGGUUCCCACCGAGGGUUUUUGGUCUGCGUUGCGAAAGUUUUUCUAACUCGAAAUCAUUGAAGAUUGUUUCAGUAAAAGUUUUGCCAGUCAGGCCGGAAGCGAUUCCAGCGAUGAAGGCGCGGAACCGAAGCAAGAGGAGUGAGUGUGAGUAAACGUUGUUGAUUUUUUUCUCCAGGAGAUUGAAUGUUUAGUUGAUAAGAGUUUAGUUAUCGAGCAGGCUAGUUUUUCUAUAAUCGCAGACAAUCAGUUUAAUGUUUUUGUUCUGGCCACCAACAACGUGAAGAGUACCAAAAAACAAACACCAAACAAAAAUGUUAAACAUCAUAAAAGGACUCACGGAGCGAGUGGAGGAAAAUUGUGUCGAAGAAGCCGAACUGUUUUGUUUUGUUUGAUUUCCACCGAGAAAACGAUUUCGAUUGGUUUAGGUGUUGAGUAUUGAUGCGAAAAUAUACCACAUAGUUGGCUGUGGAACAUUGCAUGAUGACGACAUCAAAGAAAAUAUGGUAGUUCAGCGAGCUUAAUUACAAGGUAUUGAAAUUUUAUAGCUAUUCGAACCUAGUUUAUCGUACAAUGAUAAAAUCAAAAUUCACGUCCAUGUAAAAAUUCACGGUGAAUUGUUGAACAAGUAAGGUUAAACAGUUCCAUGCAAUGUUCUAUGGAAUCAGUCGUAAGAGUUGACGGCCGACUGAGAGUUAAUAGUUGAGAUUGUCAUAGUUAGGUUCAAUGUCACUUUCAUGAAUUUUGAGUUGAACGAAUAAGAAAAUAAAUCGAUUUAAUUGACUAAUUAAUUAAACCAGUGUUGUCAAAAUGUCAUGUUCUAGCAUUAUCGAUCAAUAGUUUUUUUUUCUUUUGAUUGAAUCGCACGCUGUUUUUAAAUUGAAACACAGAUGAUCAGUCCUCAAGUUGUAUUUUUCAAAUAGUUGAAAGAUUUUUUGCAGUGUAAAUAUCUGCUUCCGUCAUUAACCGUAAAAUGAUUUUUUUCAAUUAUGUGAAAAUCAUCAUACUGCUUCAUUGUAUUACUACGAUCACUUUGAGAUGUUUGUUCGCAGUAUUAUUGUUUAUCAUUUAUCUGUCAAUGUAAUUCCAAUAGAACACGAGAUCUGUCAAAAUAACUCAAAUCGAGGUAAACCUCUUGGAGUCCGUCUCGAAUAAGGCACAUUGACAGUUCUUGCGUUAAUAUAAAGGAUAGAUUAACUGUAUCGGCAAAGAAUGCCCUGAAUUAUUCAAUCAAAUUAAUGUGUUUUACUGCUAGAUGCUUGUGCAUAUCUAGGCGUGAGAAUCUGGACACGGAAUUGCUUAGCUUGACGGAGCUUAAGGUUCUCAAAACUGGAACCUCCGUGUAAAGUAUUACUAGGAUGGUCUCCACUAACUGAUAGACGAUAAACCUGCAACAUUGGUAUACAAAAUAGAGGUGUGCGCCACGCCGCCGCCGCCGCGCCUCGCCUACGAUUGCAUGUAAAAAUAGUAAGCACAUCGGCGCGACGCCGGCGCGCCGCCGAUUUUUACCUGAAAUCGGCGGCGCGGCGCACACCUCUAAUACAAAAGGAUGGGUUGACCGAGUAUUGCACGCAUGAGUUUCCCACUCAACGAAUGUCUUGAGGUCUUGCACAAAAUUACGGCAAACGUGACGUGGAAAACGUUCGAAAUCGUUUUGGCAAAGAAAUCGAUUGGAACGAAAAAUUUAAUGCGGAAGCAGAUUAACCGACUAAAAAAGCAAUAAUGACAACUACGCUGCGUCCAGUAGCUCAAACUGUCAAGCCAACACUAUUCAACAUAGUGAGGUAACUAGUUCCAAUGAUGGUGAGUUCACACUCGUAAGCGCCAGAAGCCAAUAAGAAUAUCUGAUUGCGAGCAUUAGAGAUGACGACAUGGACUAGCACGAUGAUGAAAGAAAAAUGAAGAAUUCUUGAGAGGCGGCGAAAAAACUGAAAUUGUCAGUGAAUAUCAAAUCGCUAAUAGCAGUCUCUGCGCGCAAUGGCCAGUUGCGCGCAUGAGAUCUAAUGGACAUUCACUGGCAUUCGUUUGUUGUUUUUAUUUUUUACUCUGUGUAAAUAUAUAAAAGACUCAUGGUUUCGUUAAGCUGUGUUAAAAAACGAAUUAAUAUAAAACAGUCACACGGCCCUAUUCUGCGCGUCGUGUGACGUGAGACGACUAAUAUCACCUCACUUUACGUGACUUUUCUCACCCAAUUCUGAAAAGUCGCUCCGGGUGACGUGAGACGGCCAUUAAACCGCUGUGUAGAGUCUCACCUCACCCGAGUCGACUCUAAGAAUUGAGUGAAAAAGUCACGUAAAGUGAGGUGAGUUUAGUCACCUCACGUCACACGCCGCGCCGAGUAAGGCCCGACAAUAUUGACGGAGCAUACUGUGUAACCCUUAAGCCUUUCAAUAGAAGUCACCUUUUAGCAGGAAUCACCUUGAAAAGGGAAAUUUUGUCGAACAAAACUAAAAUAAUGCUUUUUGGGCCGUAUUAUGCUGUCAGACGUAGAUAAAGAGUCACGAGGAACACUGAAAAUAGCGGCUUAAGGUAUGCAAUUGAACAUGCCGCAGGAUUCCUAUUCCAACAAUUUUUGUCUCCAAUCAGGAAUCAGAAUGAGUGUAAAGUGUCUUUAUUAAUAUAUAAAAAAUGGAAUCAGAAUAUAUUGGUUCAAAUGGCACGUUCCCCGUGUCUAGUCGGGGGUUUGUACCUUUCCGUGUCUUCCCAUUAUUUCCCUGAUCGGAAGGAAGGGGAAAGUGGAGGAGAGAAAGUAGGUGGGAAAAAUGACAACACGAGAACAAACAGCUGGUGAGUCGAGCUCAUAAGUAGUUAACAUCACCUGUGCGAAAGCCUAAAGCUCUUUACCUCAUUGAAUAGGGAACUUUAGUAUGUCUGAGUUUCAGUCGUCUAAGCACGGUGUCGUCUAUGGAAGAAUAGCCGAAAACUCGAAAUUGCCAUUGCACUACUGCUGGACAGUUGCAUAUUAGAAGAUAUGAGAUUUCGCAGACGGAUUUGCAAAGAUCACAUGAAAAUGACUCAGCGCACCAAAUAGUUGCCAUGUGAUAAUUGAGUUUUCAGUGGCCGGUCAAAACCCUGGUCAGCAUGUUGCAGUGGAGUCUCGAAAAAUGUAAGUAAUUUUUCGAAAUCACGUGGCACGGUUGCUCUAGAAACGCCUUUGUUUGGCGACAAGUUUGUACAUUUCUCCAAUAAUUGCGGUGCUCGAACCGGAUUUUUUCUUUUAUCCAACAUGUCGAUUGGCAGCCAAGGAGGAAAAAUAAUGAACGAACAACACGAGCUCGAAGAAAAUCAGGAUAUCAUUGUCAAGAGAAAUUUUACCGUAAUUGAUUUCUGCGCAAGCGUGGUUGAGAACCAAAUGGCUCACAAAAACGAGCAUUGGUAUCGUGAGAAAUUCCGCCGCUGGGAAGCUCUCUCAGUACAAGCUAGUAGAUAAUUAGGAACGAGUAUCGCCAAGAAGGAUGAAAAACUCUGCGUAGUUGGUUGUAAACAGAUGUAAGUUGUUCUGUUCAGCAUUUCUGGAUCGGUUCACGUCUCGGCAGCUAAUGGUAUUUGCAGCUAAUUUUAGCAGGUCAGUUAUACCAUAAAAGUUGGACAACAAGCAAGAAACAGCAUCAAUGGAAAAUUCACGACCGAAGGAUGAGGAUUGGGAUGAACAAAAGGUUUACGUUUAGUCUGUAGGCUUACUAUAAACCACCACAGUAAGAAUACAACACUACUAUAAGCUAGCAGGCGUUGGUGUCUGAUCAAGAUUUCUUCUCGAAAACAGAUAUUGUCCCAGUUUGUUUAACCAAGUCGACACAAGACUCUGCCCUCCGGAACUCGAAAAUUACCUUCAAUGUUUCAGGAUUUCUAUACUUUCCUUAUACAAGGAACGAAAACAUUCAAAACCCCUUCCUUGAGAAUUUUCUGCGCACCGACUUGGUCCUAACGAAUUCAUAUCCACUAAUACCGAAAUUUCCGGGCCCCCAUACAAGAGAGAUAGUGUUGAUAAUGCUUAGUUUUUCGAUUUUGGUUCGACAUGCGAUCACCAGCUUAGAUCGUGAUUUGUCCAAGGUAAAGGCCUUGAUUACCUUAACUAUCGGAGCAGAAAUUUAUAACAUUGCUGGACGAGCUCUGUUGAAUUGUAUCCGAUUGUACCCCGCACAUAAUCGCGGCGAUGUCUGCAUGGAAUACAGUACAGUAUCUACCAAGCGAAUGAGACUGGUCCAAUCUCAUUUCACGAUAGUAGACAACAGCACCAACACGUCAGUGUAAGAGGCCGCUUGCGUUUGUUAUUAUCUCUCCGUAUAGCCAGACCACCAUAUCUCUCCCGAAAGAAUCUUCACAUGGAAUGCCCUGUAAGGAAAGCUAUAUGGUCGGUGUUAAGUCAAACCGGACUAAGUCGCAAAAUAUUAAAAAAUUAGAUAAUGAUAGAUAAAGCAUUAUUUCAACUACAUUCUACUUUUGUCAGAUUUGAAAUAUGUUAUAUUAAACAAGAAUUAUGGCAAAAUGAAUUUCGAAUUAUAACGUAAAGGGUACUGCGAUUCAAACUUUAAACUCGUUUUUCUCGAAAUCAAUAAAAUGUCACUUAGUCCGAUCUGACCUAAAACCGAUCAUGUGUGAGUGUAACAUCGCUGGGAGCAAGAAUUUCUUCACCCCAAGUAGCCGUUUGUGACCACAGCUGUGUAUGACUGGUAGAAAGGUCAACAUGGUUACUGUUCCAAAGACCGGUAACCUGCAGUUUGUAUGCACGUGAUAGUGAUUUUUACAGCAGCAUUUGGAGAUUUCCUGAAAGCAUCAGUACACGCCAUGAACGCCAUUCUUUGCAGAUGGUUCAGUUAGUGGUCAUUACCUCUCCCCUCUGCCACCAUACAAGGUAUCCGUGUGACAGUAUUGGACGUACAAUUGUGUAAAUCCAUUAGGUGACAGCACGGAUAUCGCGAGCUGUGAAUUCCGAUGUGAGACACGCGUCAAUAGCCUUAUUUGCAAGAAUGCAAGCACGAGGCAUUUCACGGUUAGUCAUGCCUGUCUUCUUGUAAGCAAUGAAGGUAGUGUUAAGUAACUUUCCAAUAUAGAAGUUUUCUUUAUGGAAGUACGGUUCUUGAACCAAUGCUAUGGAAGCUUUACAUUCCUGCAUAAGUCGAGGGAGAUACAUAGUCACUUCACGUUUAUGCUGGAGAUUGGUUUGUGCUAUUCUAACCAUUUUUGAUUAGAGAACUGUACUUUCCAUUACCGACAUAUAUUGCACAACAAGUAGAGGAGACCAUGUAAGUUGGCCUGUAAAAGAAUGUAUCGAGCCAUAUCCGGUUUAAAUGGGACACGCACAUAAUUUGAUUCCCACGAUUUGCGUAGAAAAUAGCGGCCCACUGUGACAGAGAUUCGCGAUACAUAGUAAGGGCAAAACCCAAAAUGCUCCGUGUGCGACUUGCAUAUUUUAGACCCUCUAGCUAAUAAGUCCUCGGCACGGAACUACACCUUGACUUAGGGAAUUCUGUUUUCAGUCGCUCCUACGACAUGGGAGCAGGAAGCCCCUGGCUUAAUUCUUGGCCUAAUUUAUUUAUUUAUUUAUUUAUUUAUUUAUUCUUAUUUUUCAUCUGACCUGUGUUGGUCUACAUGAAAUGUUUCUAGAAUGGGAAAAGCCCAUUUCAGGAUAUGCUUCAGAAGCAAUCCUGGCGUAAAAACCCAUCAUCUUUUCAAAAUUUUCACAGUUGAUUACAAUGAUUUUACACUACAAUUAAACUUAAUCACAUAGUACACAGUAUUGCAAGAACAAAAAUUACAAAUAUUACAAAAAUGGAAUCUUAAAAUCUAAGUCAACCUUCUUAGUCUAUUUUUGAAAACAUCACAAGAUACAGAAAAGUCAAAAUGGUCAUAAACACUAUUAAAAACAUUACACAUCGCCCUAAUGGGUUCGUUCUGACCAUACUCUGUGCGCUGAAAUUCCAGUCUUAAGAAGUUAUGCGAUCUGAGAUUUCUAGGGGGCACAUAGAUAUUUAUUUGUGAGAGAAUAUCUGGAGCAUCUAUUUGACCAGUUAAUAUCUUCCCAACAAAUACUGCUCUGAAUAUGUUCCGCCUUUUCGCUAGGGUUUCCAUAUCGAGCAGACGACAGCGAUCGAUGUACGGUGGUAGCUCUGCUGGGUUACGCCAUGGGAGGGUUCUAAGAGCAAAACGGAGGAAUCUUGCCUGCACUGCUCCUAUUCGGUUGAUCCAAAUGUUCGUAUAAGGACACCAAAUGGGUGCUGAAGCUUCCAGGACAGAUCGAACUAGUGAGAAAUAGAGUGCCCGUAAACAAUAUGGAUCAGUGAAUUCUUUGGCGAUUCUUAUAAUGAAGCCGAGGUUUCUAUUUGCCUGUGCUAUAACAUGAGAGUAAUGAUUUCUGAAUGUCAGUUGUGAGUCCAGGAGUACUCCGAGGUCUCUGAUAACUGUCAUUCUCUCUAGCGAUUCCCCUGAGAUGGUGUAGCUCCAGAGUAUUGGAUUUUUUCUGCGAGUAAAAGAUAUUAUGGAACAUUUGGCCACGCUGAGAGCCAGCAAGUUGCGACUACACCAAUUACAAAAAGCAUCUAAGUGUCGCUGCCAACUGGGGACAAAUCUGCGUUACUAGAAGAGGAGGAUGAUAUGCGUCACAGGCAAAUAAUGGCUCAAGGGCUUCUGAAACGGCGCAGUUAAUAGAAGCUUCUUCAUUUACGAACAGGAGAUCCAGGGUUCGAUUACGUCUGUUAUUUACGGUACACAUUUGCAGCAUGUUCAAUAUAGACAUUCCGUCCAAUAAGGCAAUACUCGCUCUCGAAAAGAUAGAUUCAGAAGGAUCUGGAAAGGCAUAACCGGAGGGUGUACUCUUCCAAAGAAGUCCUGGCUGAUUAUAGUCACCAAACAGUAGAUGAGCCAUGUUGGGUUGAAUGGAAGUUGCGAUGUCAAGUGCUGAGUCUAUGUGCUUCUGAAUAAUAUCUAUAUCACUUGCGGAAUCAGGGGGAAUGCAUACUACGCCUACACAAAUAUUAGUAUCGCGCCCGCGAAUAUCUACCCAUAGUUGUUCGAGAUCGUUACUAUCCGUUUUAUGUUUGGACGAGAGCCGGUUGGACACUGCAAUAAGCACACCACCACCACGUUUUUUCCCUGUACUGUCUGGAUCGCGAUCUUUACGGUAAACCGUGUACCUUGGGCCGAAUAACUGGAUCGAAUGGAUUUGAUCAUUCAGCCACGUUUCGGUUAGAACAAUGACAUCAUAUUCGGCCUCUGAAACAGCGACGAACAACUCGUCAAUUUUUGUGCGUAGUCCUCUCACGUUCUGGUAGUAGAUACUAAGUUGUUCCUCCUGAUAGUGUCCUGAUGGUUGAGCGGUAGAAAGACGAGCGGCGAUGGUGGUGGCGUCUGGCUGUAAUAGGGGUGGAUUUUCAGCGGGAGCAGCAUCUGUAUGUCCUACUUCGGAAGAACAUAUACAUUCAUUGCAUUUACCUGUGUAAACAAAAGCAGGAACUUCAAAUUGCUCUAAUUGUUUUAGACUGCUGUUAUCUGACCGGAGCAUAUCGUAGUCUCUGCUUUCAGAUUUUGUUGUCAACAUACAGGCGUCGGAGUUAGCUGAUCACGUCCGUUGGUAAGCUGCAAUUGUAGAUCUGACCGGGAAGGGUCGCUGCCAAGUUCCGUGGCAAGCAGAUGGGCGUCGGUGAUGGGUUCUAGCUGAUUGUGCCUAUCGGCAAGCUGCAAUUGUGGGUCUGGCCGGGAAAGGUCGCUGCUAUAGCAUACAAGUUCCUUAAUGCUAAACCAUCUCUGGGCCGGUUCGUUUGCACAAAUCGAAUUUUGUUAAUCGAAUUACAGCAAAACUUCACUGAAAGUCUCAGUCAACAAAAAUCCCGGUAGAGCCGAUCAUCACCGAAAAACAUUUCGGAUCGCUGCGUAAUGCAACAUACUGGGGAGUUCAACUGGCGCUUCCCUGGCUCUGUUCGCCGUUGAGAAUAUUUUGAACUCGCUCAACAAUUUUAACCAUAGUGCGGGUCGCAUGACACUAUGGAAUUGAGGUUCCUUGUUUGGUGGGUUUUUACCACCGGACCAGGUGGUCCGUAGUGUAAUUCUUAGUCGGCUGAAACAACCACUAACGACAUUAUCUAGGUAGCUCGGAGAAAGGAGCUGAUAUUGACGGACAGCUUCCGUAGAUGACCGAAUAGCCGGGGG